CUUCGGAAAAACAACUCUUCCCAUGCUUUUAAUUCGAUUUCCCCUUCCAACUCCCUGAAACGUGGUGAGAGCAUAGCAAAAAGGGCUAACCCUGCACCGGGAUGGUCGUGUGCUAUCGUACGCAGUGAAAACGGCACUAAUUUUAGUAAACGUCAAACACAAAAUGUCGUAGAUGGUAUGAUCAACAUCGGGCUCGAAUUCACGACACGAGACUGCUGAGUGUCGUCCAGAGCAAAAGGCAGAGAUUCCUCCCACCACAGCUCUGCGCUCAUCAGCUUGUCUCACAGCCAUGACUCAGCUCAAGCUUUGGACGUUGCUUCCAGCACUGUUCCGCCUUACUGUGGCAGAGUUUGGUAUUGCAGGUCAGCUCUUUGCCCUCCAGGGAGGAUCUGAUGUGAACAACGCAAAACUCGCCUGGGCUGCGGUCAAUGGUGCUUCCACCUAUCGAGUUGAGCAACAGCAGGGCACUGGAGGAUAUCAGACAGUUGCGACUGUUCCAGGGACCACGCAUGAUGUCUAUGACUUGAACGCGGGAUCUACGCACUCUUUCCGAAUAACGGCACUCAGUGGAAACAGCCAAGUCGACCAAAGCAGUGUUGCCACGCUCGCACCAUACACUGCUCAAGACACCUACAGCACACAUGACAACACGCAGCCAUCCCCCACGAGGCUCAAGUCGAAGCUUGAAGCGAACGGUGUCUACUAUCGAUACAACUAUCAAACAUACUCGAACGGAAGUUUCAAUCGCUUCGUUGAGCAGACGUCGAGAAACGGAUAUGACUUCACAGGCGACAAGACCGUCCUUACUGGUGUUACACUCUGUGCUCCAGCUAACUACAGUUGCAAAUUGGAAGCCAUUACAUUCCUCAAGCACCCGUCCACGAACCAAUUUGUGAUGUAUGCACACUACGAAAAGUCACAAGACUAUAGUCUCGGCUGGAUCGCAGUCGCGCAUAAGGAUCCUACAGCGGAAGCUUUCACAUUUGAUGGCGCGUACCGACCACUGGGACAUGACUCCCGAGACUUAAAUUUCUUCAACGAUGGCAACUCAGCGUGGAUUGUCACCAGCACCGAUACCAAUACGAACAACAACAUAUACUCGCUCACUUCGAACUGGACAGCUGUGGACAAGUUUCUGGUCCAAGUGAACAAGGGCGGACAUCGGGAAGCCCCUGCUGUGGCCAAAAACAACGGGGUCUACUAUCUUUUCACCUCCCGUGCUGCCGGCUGGCUUCCAUCGCAACCACAGUACAUAUCAGCCUCAAACAUGGCGGGACCCUGGAGCUCACCCGUGAACGUCGGCAAUACGGCCACGUUUGGCUCUCAGAGUGGUGGUGUCAGCCAACUGUCGAGUGGGCAGCUUGCGAUGAAUAGCAAUAGAUGGAGCUCGAACUGGCCCACUAAAGGUGGACAGACUCGCCAACUUAUGCUCCCCGUCUCUGAGGGCUCUGGAGGCUUUAUCUCCUACCACUACUACCGCACAGUCCAAUACAGUGACGAUGUCGCCACCAAAGGCCAUGGCAUCUAUGGUGUGCAGACUGGUCGCAUCCUCUCCGAUGGCAAGCCAAGCUCCAGCAGCGCGGGUAAUGCCAAUAUCGCCUCCGCCAAUGAUGGCACCCAGAACAAUCCCGCGAAUGUCUUUGUGCCCAGCGGCGUCCCAUUUUGGUACCAGAUCGAUCUGCAGAAAGCCCACACAAUCUCUCAAGUUGAUCUCUCGACUAAGCUGGUGCAAGGCUCUGAGACCUUCUACAAAUACAACGUCACUGGCAGCAAUGAUGGACGGACUUUUGAGCUCCUGGCAGAUCAGACGAACGCCGUUGAUGUUGGUUUCAGCGCAGCUUUCCCAACCUCGACGCAGCAGUUCAGGUACAUUCGAAUUAAUGUCGAGAGUGUGGUGAAUAAUGUCAAUGGUCAAGCUGCAAAUUGGGCUGUAGGAAUUCACGAAGUGACUGUGUACGGUAGUUGAUUGCAUCGCAUAUCAUGAUUGAUUUGCUUAAUUUCAAUUGGUUUCCCAUCCGGUCGCCACCUUAAGCGGCGCGCGAAAAUGCUGAAGCCAAGGUGUGGAGCGUUGGCUUGCCUUCACUUGCGCUGCAGCGCGCAAUCUUCGGUUAGUAUCGCGCGGAAGGCACCAGAACAAACAAAGUCUUCCCAAA